AAAGAAACGGAAACGGAAGUUGGUGAUUGCUGAAGAUGGCGACCCCCUAUGUGACAGAUGAAUCUGGGAAAUAUAUCGCCGCCACCCAGCGACCGGACGGGACGUGGAGGAAACCGCGGCGGGUGAAGGAUGGAUACGUCCCGCAGGAGGAGGUACCGGUCUAUGAGAACAAGUAUGUGAAGUUCUUUAAGAGUAAACCAGACCUGCCGCCGGGCAUGAACCCUGAUGAUGCCGCUUUGGCCCGACAGCAGCAGCAGGUUUCAGGUGGAACAGAUAAACAGAGCGACAGUGCUGGACUCUCCAAAACAGCCAAACGCAACAUGAAGCGCAAAGAGAAACGCAAACAGCAAAACCAGCUUCAGCAAGAACCCAGUGUGGAAGUGGAGAGCUUGAGUCAAGACAUGGAUGGCAUGAAAAUUGCUGCAGAAGAGGCGAGGGUUAAUCCUGACCCUAAACCUGACCCUGACGACACAGAUCUGGCCGCAGCUGCCGUAGAGAAAGCCAAGAAGAUCAAGAACCUGCGGAAGAAGCUGCGUCAGGUGGAGGACCUCCAGCAGAAGGUGGAUUGUGGAGAGCUGAAAAGCCCCAGCAAAGAACAGCUGGACAAACUGGGGCGGGGCGAGGCGUUACGGGCGGAGCUUCAGCAGCUGGAAGGGCAUUUGUGAGGUGAACUGUCAAUCGAGUCAGUGGGGGCGUGUUUUGGAUUUCAACAGCAGUGUCUGUUUCCAUCAUCAUCACAUCAAGGUGCAUUUAUAUGUACAAUAAAGCUGUUAGCAGCUGUAACCGCUUCAUACUUGUGUUUUAUAUGUAAUGAAGACGUGGCGACAUCUUGCACUCCGGACUCUUGAUGCAGGUCAUUUGCAGAACCUGUUUGAGUGCAGAUAGUUUCCACUCUUUCAUCCAAACAGUAGUUAAGAGUGAAUGUUAGUUAUGAAUGAAUCUGUGCUGUAGAGACGUAUGGACUAAAACUCCCUAUUGUCAUUUUUUUACCACCGUAGUGAAUAAUGGUAUGAAACAUGAAUCUGUAGAAUUGUGUUAUUAAACAUAGCAUAAAAAUC